AGCAUCCGCAGAGCAGCAUCCGCAGAGCAGCAUCCGCAGAGCAGCAUCCGCAGAGCAGCGUCCAAGAACCAGUGCUCGAGAGCCAACCCCGAGGUCUUCCACCCAACUCGCAGCCUCUGUACUCGACGUCCUGCUGCAAACAGCGCAUCACAAUGGGCCGCGUGGGACGAAAGCGCCAGCACCACAGCAUCCGUGACAACCAGCGAAGAUGGAGAACACGGGCUCGCACAAAGGACCUCGACCAAAUCCAGGACGACCUGGAGACCCCCGAAAAGUUCGAGAACCAGCCCGUCGACGUUGACCUGCCGGGUCUUGGACAGCACUAUUGCAUUGAGUGCUCAAAGUAUUUUGUGACGGAGAACUCGCUGGCUGCUCAUAUCCAGAGCAAGAUUCACAAGAAACGAGUCAAGUUGCUGAAGGAGCCAGCUUUCACCCAGAAGGAAGCCGAGGCGGCUGCCGGUCUCUUCACCGACAACGGCAAGGCCGGAUCGACUGGCCCCUCGAAUCCCCUGCCAGCAAAGCCGAAAUCGCAGACACAGGCCAUGGAAGGCAUGGAGUCAUAGUCAUCGUCGACCGCAAAUGCAACCCCCGAUGUUUUGUUCCCACCACCUUCCAAACCAUGCAACGUUCGCAUCACGCCCAAACCCAUCGACUCUCAAUACACCUACAGCACUCGCCCAACGGGAGAUUCCCCCUCUUUAUUUCCUGAACCGUGAAUACACCAUGCUCAUCCAG